AUGUUUCUCCUUUGGCUAACAUUAGUUUUCUCAGCUCAUCUGGCUGAAUGUGUGCCAGAGAAGCCAAAAAGAUCCGCUCUGAACCAGCUGACCAGGACCCUCCUGAGGAAAUAUGACUGUGGAGUUAGACCUGUUCACAACUGGACCAGUCCUACAACCGUCUACAUAGACCUCAUACUGCAGUCUGUCCUUGAUGUGGAUGGAAAGACUCAGAGCAUCACUACAAGUAUUUGGUACAGACAGAUCUGGAGGGACGAGUUCCUCGUCUGGGACCCCGAAGAGUUUGAUGGCAUCAAUGAGAUCUCGCUCUCUUCUGAUGCCAUAUGGGUCCCUGAUGUUAUCGUCAGUGAGUUCGUGGAAGAGGGGAAGUCCCCCCCAAUCCCCUACAUUUAUGUCAACUCCUCUGGCUCAGUGAAGAAUUACAGACCAAUUCAGGCGGUGCUGGCCUGCAGCUUGGAGAUGUAUGCAUUUCCUUUUGACAAGCAGAACUGCAGCCUCACCUUUCGUAGUUGGCUUCACUCAGUGAAAGAAAUCGACCUGGCUUUGUGGAGGAGCGCAGAGGCCAUAGCUAUUGAUAAGAGGGAGUUCAUGAACGAUGGAGAAUGGGAACUCUUGUCCAUUCCCUCACAGUACUGGCAGAUCCACCAAGAUGGCGCCGACUAUGCUCAAAUCCAGUUCAACCUGUUGAUCCGCCGGCGCCCCCUGCUGUAUGUGGUUGGCCUCCUCAUCCCCAGCAUCUUCCUCAUGUUGGUGGAUGUGGUGAGUUUCUACCUGCCUCUGAACAGCGGCACACGGAUUGCCUUUAAGAUCAGCAUCCUUCUGGGCUACACUGUGUUCAGAGUCAACCUGACUGAUGAACUGCCGGCCACUGCUCUCAGGACUCCUCUCAUCGGCGUGUUCUUCGUGGUGUGCAUGGCCAUGCUCAUGCUCAGUCUCAUCAAGUCCAUAUUGGUGGUGAAGCUGCUUCAUCACAGCGAGAAGGAGGUCAAGGAAAUGUCACUGACUGCCUGCCUGCUGGACAAGUAUGGCUCAGCUGCCCACGGCUUCACCGAGAGCGCUUUCACCUCCAUCAAAACCCUCGACCACAUCAACACAUCUGGAGAUUUUGACAUUGAAAGCUCCCUAGAGGAGGAUCUGUUGUCUUUGAAUGGGAUCCAGGAACGCCCCUCUGGACUGGACUGGCUGCUCCAGGAGCUGGUUUCCCUUCGUGUAGCGUUCUCCCAGGAGGACAGCGAGUCUUCAGCUCAGGCCGAAUGGCUGGCUCUUUGUUUGCGGCUCGACUGCUUACUGUUCCGCCUUUACCUGUUCGUUCUGGCCCUGUACACAGGAACUCUGCUGCUGCUCUGGGCUGUUUGGAGCUUUGCUUGAUAUGACGACACAUGUGCUGCCAAUCAUUUAAUGCUCAACACGUCUAUAUUAAUAU